AUGUCGCCCCGAAUCAAAAUUCCCCCUGCUACUCGAAUCUGUCUCGUCAGCCUUCUCACACUCUCCCUACUCUACAACAUUGCCAGAUGGCGACAAAUUGACACCACCGGCGGAACCCCGACCACAUCUCCCCUCGUCCCCUACCUGACCCUCGUCCCCUCGUUCUUUUACCACUACCCUUGGACAAUCGUCACGGCCACCUUCGUUGAGCAGAACAUCUUUACCGUCCUACUAAACUCCGCCACCAUUUUCUAUGGCGGCAAGUACCUCGAACGCGCAUGGGGUUCGCGCGAGUUCAGCAAGUUCAUCGCAGUCGUCGCCGUAAUCCCCUGUGUCUCCAUCAUCCCAAUCUACCUGAUAUGGGGAGCACUCGGGGGCUCCUCAAGUAGAGCGUACGCAUCCCCCACCUCGGUAUCCCCAAACGAGCAAACCGAUUGCCACCACCCUAAACCAAACACACUAACCAUCUCCAAAAUAAACAGCCUCACCCAAAUCUGCGGCGGUGUCUCCAUCCAAGCAGCCUUCCUAGUCGCCUUCAAACAGCUCGUCCCGGAACACACUGUAACAAUCUUCAAAGGAGUAGUCAAAAUGCGCGUAAAGCAUUUCCCCGCCCUCUUUCUCCUCCUAAACACCAUCAGCGGCCUCAUCAUCGGAACCGACCCCGCCGCAAUCCUCUCCUGGCUCGGCAUCCUCACCAGCUGGACCUACCUCCGCUUCUACAAGCGGCAGCCCGACCUAACUGGCACCUCGAGCAGUACAGGCAUUAAAGGCGAUGCCAGCGAGACCUUUGCAUUUGCUUGUUUAUUUCCUGAUGCGAUGCAGCCGCCUGUCGCGUUCGUUGCGGACAAGAUCUACGCGCUACUGGUCGCAGCUAAGCUCUUGAAACCGUUCUCCCAGGACGAUAUCGCCUCCGGUAACGAGUUGGUACUGGCGAGAGGCGAUGCGGGCUUGCCUACGCUGUUGAAUAGCCAGCGUGGUGGGGUCAGGGGUGCGGGGAAGCGCGAGGAGGCGGAGCGCAGACGGGCAAUUGCACUCAAGGCUUUGGAUCGCAGGCUACAGGCUGCUACUGUUGGGCGCGUGCAGGUUCAUUCCCCUGGUUUGGGGGAGCCUAGCUCGUCGAUGCCGCGUCCUACUACGCCCACUCCGGCUGCACCUGUUGGUCAGAGUAUGCUGGGGGAAACGAGCUACAAUCCUGAUCAUGCCUGA